AUGGCGCGGGCUGGGGAGGGCAUCGUGCACGCGGCCUUCUUCACGCUGCUCCCCCUCGUCUCGGCCUGUAACUUUGUAAGCGCCGGCGCCCGCGGGCGCGGGGCGCCGGCGGGGCGCGCCGCGCGCGGGGGUCGCGAGGAGGAGGCCUCGGUCUGCAGCAGUGCGGGCCGGGAGCAGCGCUCGUCGCCCGCGGGUGGCCCUCGCCACGCUGCGGCGAUCCUCAAGGCGUGCUGCUCGCCCAGCGCGUGUAUUUUAACUGCCCCGCCCGGUCAGUGCCGCGCAUCGCUGCACCACCUUCGCCGCGCUGGAGGGGCUUUUUGGUGGACCAGCGCACAGGCGCGCUCCGAGGCUCGCGCCGCCUGCGCCCGAGCCCGGCUUCUGCGCGACCUUGCGGGCCGUGGGGGGCGGCCUGGCGCCGCCCGCGGGCGGCCCUCGCCCGUGCUGCUCGCCUCGGUGCGCGGCCCGAUCAGCGUGGCCCCGACUGGCCCAUAG